AUGCCUUCCUCACGCAGCCGCCGCAACCGGCGCCGGUUGGGCCGCCCGCCGCGUGACUGGGCGGCGCUGCUGGCGGACGCGCUGCUGGACAUCCUCGGAAAGCUCGACCACAUCGACAUCCUCAGGGGCGCCGGCCCGGUGUGCCGCUCCAGGCGCCGUACCGCACGGGACGAGCCCGAGCUGUGGCGCCGCAUCAACAUGCUGUACCACGCGGAGCUCUUCUUCGAGUGCGAUCUCCACCUGCUGGCGCGGACCGCCGUCCGCCGCAGCGCGGGGCUGUGCGAGGCGUUCUGGGGCGAGUACGCCGGCGACGACCACCUCAUCCUCUACCUCGCUGACAGGGCGCCAUUGCUGAAGAGCCUUCGCUUCAUAUACUGCUACGAUGUCUGUCAGGAAGCAUUCAUGGAGGCCAUGACGAAGUUCCUUCUGCUCGAGGCGCUGGAGCUUUCGCUCAGUCCUAACGUCUAUGGAGAGGCCUUUGCAGUCGUUGGCGCAUCAUGCCCAAACCUCAAGCGUUUCAGACUGGGCAAAUAA